AUGCGGCCUUCCCUCCUCCUCCUUCCGUCUGACUUUUUGGAACUGGUCCCGACUUCGCCUAGUGUCUGUUUCGUCUGGUCCGCCUUCUUCGUCCAAGAGCGGCAGUCCAUUACCAUCCAUCCUGUCUUUUCACUUACUCUUUUCACUUCUCCAUCCCAUCCGUACGAUCGCCAUCCUCCUCCUCCUCUUCUCCUCACUCUCCUUGUUCGACUCACCCAUACUCUUCUACACCUCAUACGACCGGAUCAACAUCGACUCUUCUAUGGAUUAGAUGGUUCGGAAAGCGAAUUAAUAUCUGGCACCGCUGCGGCUCGACGCCUGCGCUCAUCUCUUCGACGACCAGUGCCAGUUGAAUAA